AGUAUUGAUGUGCAGAGGCAAACACAGCUCAGCAGUGAGUGAUGAUGAGAAUAUGACAGUAAGUCACUAGGUGCAGCUGUAACUCAUGAGUCCAAUAGCUUUAAUGGACAUGUAAAGACCACUGUAGUGGAUACAGAGGACUGACUCAGCUCUACGGCUGCAGCCAUCAUGAUGAAAGAUCUCUGGGAGACCUCACAGCCAAGAGUCCACCACUAUCACAGCUUUGUGGGAGGAAAAAAGAAAAAAAAAAAUCAAGUCAAUUUCUACUCUUUUCUGCACGCAGACAAUGAAUCAAGUGAUAGGAUGAUCGAUAUUUGCAUGCACGAGUGUUGUGCAUGCUCGACUGCAGGGAUGCGUGUGUCUGUGCAUGUGUGUGUACGCUCCCUUUGUGUCCUAGUCCAGGCAUUGCAGGGAGAGAAAGCUGGAUGUGGGAUUUCAAAGAUAAUCUCCCUACCAGAUGGCAAAACAUCCCAUAUUCCUUUUGAGGUUCCCCACGUGAUCCCCUGUAAGGGCUGGGUGUGUGUGUAUGUGUGGUGGGGGUAUGUAUGCUCAGAGACAAUUAUUAUUGGAUCACGUGACACGAGUGCGUAUGCUAAUAACAGCCGUAACAUCACAUUAAUCCAGUGACCUGGUUAAGCCCCCAACUGAAGGAAGUGAGUGAGUGUGAGAGGCAAGGAGGGGGAGCUGCCAGAGAGCCUGGAGAAGAGAGAGGAGAGACAAAGCGCACUCCCUCUCUCACACACACUCUCUCACACACUCAUUCACCUCCUGAGCGGCAGAGUGGGAGCGUAGCUGAGCGGAGCAGCAUGGGCAGUUUUUUAACACAGAGGGAAAUAGAAACAAAAAAGGACACAUAGGACCCGGUGUGGGGGCUGCCUCACAAAUACACGCACUCACACAUUCACAACACACAGGCUUCUUUCCUCAAUACACACCCACGCGCAAGCUCGCGUGAACCCACGGCUGCCAGGCUGGACGGGACAGCGAGGACACCCACCUCACACGCUCGCACACAUGCUCACACACCCACGGACACACACACUCUGGAGCGUACUAUGGUGGUCCAAGGUGCGGUGACACCCGGGAGAACCCGCCGGCUGAUGCUGAAGCUGCCGGUGGGGACUCUAAGGAGGAACAGUGGAGAGAGGAUGACAGAGGGGAGGCGAUGUCAGGUCCAUCUCCUGGACGACAGGAAGCUGGAGCUCCUUGUACAGCCCAAGCUGAUGGCUAAGGAUUUGUUGGACCUUGUGGCCUCUCACUUCAACCUCAAGGAGAAGGAGUACUUUGGAAUUGCAUACACAGAUGAAACGGGCCAUUUUAGUUGGCUGCAGUUGGACCGCAGGGUAUUAGAGCACGAGUUCCCCAAGAAGUCUGGUCCCAUUGUCCUCUACUUCUGUGUCAGAUUCUACAUAGAGAGUAUAUCCUACCUGAAGGACAAUGCCACUAUUGAGCUGUUUUUUCUUAAUGCCAAGUCCAUCAUCUACAAGGAGCUUAUUGAGGUGGACAGUGAGGUUGUCUUUGAAUUGGCUUCCUAUAUUCUGCAAGAGGCUAAAGGUGAUUUCACCAGUAAUGAUGCAACCAGGUCCGACCUGAAAAAGCUGCCUGCUUUGCCCACCCAGGCCCUAAAGGAGCACCCAUCCCUGGCCUACUGCGAAGACCGGGUCAUAGAGCAUUACAAGAAGCUCAGUGGGCAGUCCAGAGGGCAAGCUAUUGUUAAUUAUAUGAGCAUUGUAGAGUCUCUGCCCACAUAUGGAGUGCAUUACUAUGCUGUAAAGGACAAACAAGGAAUCCCAUGGUGGUUGGGUCUGAGCUAUAAAGGCAUCUUUCAGUAUGACCACCAGGACAAGGUCAAGCCCAGGAAGGUGUUCCAAUGGCGUCAGUUGGAGAACCUCUACUUCAGAGAGAAGAAGUUUUCAGUGGAAGUUCAUGACCCCAGGAGGGCGUCGGUGACAAGAAGGACGUUUGGCCACAGUGGCAUCGCUGUGCAUACCUGGUACGCCUGCCCUGCACUUAUCAAAUCCAUCUGGGCCAUGGCCAUCAGCCAGCACCAGUUCUACCUGGACCGCAAGCAGAGCAAGUCGAAGAUCCAUGCAGCGCGGAGUUUGAGUGAGAUCGCUAUAGACCUUACAGAAACAGGAACUCUGAAGACCUCCAAACUGGCCAACAUGGGCAGCAAGGGCAAGAUUAUCAGCGGCAGCAGUGGCAGUCUGCUCUCCUCAGGCUCUCAGGAAUCGGACAGCUCCCAGACAGCUAAGAAGGACAUGCUGGCAGCACUGAGGGCCAGGCAGGAAGCUCUGGAGGAAACGCUAAGACAGAGACUAGAGGAACUGAAGAGCAUCUGUAUCAGAGAGGCGGAGCUGACAGGAAAGCUUCCUAAGGAAUAUCCUCUGGAUCCAGGAGAGGAGCCGCCCACCGUGAGACGAAAGAUUGGCACCGCCUUUAAACUGGACGAGCAGAAAAUUCUUCCUAAGGGAGAGGAAGAGGAGCUGGAGCGGUUGGAGCGGGAGUUUGCCAUUCAGUCCCAGAUUACGGAGGCAGCCAGGCGUCUUGCCAGCGACCCUCAUGUGAGCAGUAAGAAGCUGAAGAAACAGAGGAAGACUUCUUAUCUGAACGCACUGAAGAAGCUCCAGGAAAUUGAGAACUCUAUCAACGAGUACCGGGUCCGAUCUGGCAAGAAGCCUACGCAGAGAGCGUCACUUAUUAUAGAAGAAGCCAAUAUUGGUUCUGAAGACAGCUCAUUGUCUGACGCACUGGUCUUGGAUGAUGACGACCCUCAAGUUACAGGUACCCCCACCUUCUCUCCAGUAGCAUCACCUCACAAGGGCCUUCCUCCUCGGCCACCAUCUCACAGUCGCCCCCCUCCACCGCAGUCCCUGGAUGGACUGCGACACCUGCACUAUACACGCUCAGACUACGAUAAAUCACCCAUCAAGCCCAAGAUGUGGAGCGAAUCGUCACUGGAUGAGCCGUACGAAAAAGUCAAGAAACGCUCCUCUCACUCCAGUCACAGGCGUUUCCCAAGCUCUGGCAGUGCAGAAGCAGGGGGCAGUAACUCUUUGCAGAGCAGCCCCAUCAGGAGCCUCCCUCACUGGAAUUCUCAGUCCAGCAUGCCGUCAACCCCAGACCUGAGGUCCAGGACCCCACACUAUGUACAUUCCACUAGGUCAGUGGACAUCAGUCCCACACGUCUGCACAGUCUCGCUCAGCACUUUAGGAACCGCAGCUCCAGCCUUGAGUCCCAGGGCAAACUUCUGGCGUCUGACCCCGAUGCACAUCCGCACACCCUGGGAACACUGGGCAGCCCUGACUUUUUCCUGGGCCCAGGACGCAGCUCCAAUGGCUCUGACCCACUGGACGACUGUUCAUCCUGCACCAGCCAAAGCAGCUCAGAGCAUUACUACCCCUCUGGUGGACCCCCCAGCAGCAACCCCAACUACUCUACUCUGGGAGAGGACUCACCUUCCAAAGCCAGGCAGAGGCAGAGGCAAAGGCACAGGUCUGCAGGACACCUGGGUUCCUCUAACUCUGGCUCCAUGCCAAACCUGGCAGCUAAAAAUGGCUCGGGUGGAGGCUCAGGUGGAGGUGGGGUGGGCGGGGGACACCACGGAGUUUACCUCCACAGCCAGAGCCAGCCCUCCUCCCAGUAUCGCAUCAAGGAGUACCCGUUGUACGUGGAGGGCAGCCCCAACCCUGUGGUGGUGCGCAGCCUGGAGAGCGAUCAGGAGGGCCACUAUAGUGUGAAGGCCCAGUUCAAGACCUCCAGCUCCUACACGGCCGGGGGACUGUACAAGGAGGCCUGGGGGGGAGAGGAGGGAGGAGAAGGGAGCGGCAGACUCACGCCGUCGCGCUCUCAGAUCGUACGGACUCCGUCAUUGGGGCGAGAGGGUGGUGGUGGAGGAGGAGGAGGAGGGGGGAGGGCAGCGGUGUCUGAGGAGCUGCGAUGCUGGUACCAGAGGUCCUCAGGGAGCCUGAAGGAGAGGAGUCACUCGCAUUCAGGGUCCACUUCCUCCGAGACAGGGUCACAGCAAGGCACCCUGGGACAUGGACGAGGGAGUAGAGUAGGGACACUUGCCAAGGGCUCACCAGCUGCAUCCCCUCACAGCCAGAGGAGUAUGACGCCCUCCAGUGAACACGCAGCCACACCCACACCCCCCUGUAGCCCACAGCACAUCCUCAACUGGCAGAGCGGGUCUUUCAGUGACAGCUGUUUUCUCAGCAGCCCCCUGUGUUCAGAGCUGGCAGAUGUGCAGUGGUACGGACACGACAAGGCCAAACCUGGAACCCUGGUCUGAGACCUUCCUUUAGGGGCCCGGAAAAGUCCCAUUGCCCUCUCCUAACUGCCUCUCCACUGUCCCUCACUACUACCCAUCAACAACCAACAACCUCAUCCUUAAAGCCCUUCAAAAAAAAAAAAAAAAAAAAAAAAAACCCUGCCGCAACCGGACUGGUGGACUGGACGUACGCCUUCCACCUCCCUGUAUCCCACCCCUUCAUCCAUCUCACCACCUCUUUAUUAUGCCCUCACUCCCCUCUAUCACAGCUCAGCUGAACAGGGACACACCCACUGGGCUCUGAUAAGGGCUGAAUUCACAGGACAGACUGAGAAGUGCCACCUCAGCUGUUGAACUGUUGCCCUACAGCACCACAGAGCCCUUUCUUUACUCACCCUCUGCAGCACAUGAGCAACGGGGGGCAAAUGGGGAGAAGGAGCGAUGGGAAGCGAGAGAGAGAGAGAGAGAGAGAGAGAGCACAGAAAAAUAUCAAACACAUAACUCAGACUCAACAAAACCAACACCGGCCCAUUCCAGGAUCUUUUUCAUAUCUCAUCUUCAGUCACCCAACCUUACUAACUCCAGUGCACUGCCACCCAAUCAAAGGACACCUGCUGGAUUUGAGCCACCAGUUUGAAAACCCAUUGCCAGGCCCAAACGAACUGUGUUGGAUGUCAUUAUUCCCAUCAGUGUUGUUUGUCUUUUCUUUAUUUCUCCUUGCGUAUUUAUAAAAAGAGAAGAUGACACAAACUUCAUUUAAAAAAAAUCUGGAUUAACAAACACUUAGAUGACAAAUUCAACUCCUCUCAGUUUUAACCCACAACCAAAGACAACUACUGGAUUGACUGGUCACACCAGGGUCCCUAUGGGCUGGUGCCCACCCCCCAUCGCAGAAAAGCGACGUGUCAGUCAAGUGUAUGAGAGCGAAUUCACAGUAACAAUAUCAAGAUGGUUUCUGGGACUCUGUCUGGGAUAUUGAUGAGGACUAUAGCAAUAACAAACAUUGUACAAGAAUAUGAACUGGUUUGAAUCUUUAGAGUGAUUUGAAGCAGGCGUUUAGCCAUGUUCUCUGCCUCCUGAUGCUUGGAGUAAGGGAUCAUUAGUGCAUCACAGGGAGAAUGUGGAGUUGUGGUUAUUUGGUUUGGCAUUAAUCUAUGCUUUCUUCAGUGACUCCAUCAUUCAUCUUUAUUUAAAUGUCUUUGGUCUUUACAACAUUUCACUGUCCGCAACAGUUUGUUUGGCUGCGUGGUGGAUUAUGAACAGCACUUGAGCCAGAGCGCGGAGGCUGCGAGUUGAAGGGUCAUUAUUUUUAAACGUGGCCACACACAGUCACAGUUACUGUCACAACAUUUCAUUUAGCCUUUUCACAUUUUUCAUUUUCAGCCCUGAAAGUAAAAGAUGAUUGACUGUUGGCACCUGUUGGCAUUACUUGUAGUGUGAUAUCGAGGCUGUUCAGUGAUAAAUCUCUACAGUGAAGCAUCUUUUUUUUUAUCACUAGUGUCUCUUCUCUCGCCUUUGGUCUUGGCUUUAUAUACAGGUUCAAACCAUGCUGUGUAUUUUCUCAGUCUCUUUGUAGCACUGUGGUUUCUUAUCUCUCUGUGCAUCUCUUCAGCAUGACAGGAGCAUCCUGACUGAACACAGACGUAGUCUGAACUCAACACUGGCCAGAGCACACGCUGACAGUCAGAACACUCGCAUUUAUGGGCACACAUGAGUACUAAUAUAUUUGUGCCAAACAAUGUUGGUGCUUUACAUUUGUACUGUAUUCAGUGCUGGAACGGCAACUUCUUCAAGCCACAAAACUCUUCAAAUCCCCUCUAGUCUAUAGCCAUUCAGUAAAACAGCAGCGAUGCAGAGUAGCCAGAACACGCUUCACUUACUUCUCUAUAAUUUGGUAUCAGGGGGAAUUGUUAAGGAAUAAGUCAAUCUUUCUUUGGUCUUAAAGCACAACAUUAACAGUGUCUAUGAGGGCUGGAGCUACUAUUGGUGUGUUCUCAUUUUCCACUCUCAAUAUUUUACUGAUGAGUUGUUUCAAAGUGUAAAAGAGGCAACUUAAGAAGCUAGAACCACAGAUGAGGCGUUAAAUGAUAGGGUUUUUGGUUUGUUUGUUGUUUUCUUUUUUUUUCUGGACAUCGAUUAAUUAAUAUUUAAUACCCCACUGUCAGGGCAGAAGAGAAGCCAUAACUGGAACUGAGAAAAUCCCCCUUAAAUAUGAGAGAAUUAUUUUCUCUCACAUCCCAAUCAACAACAAUCAGAUAUUCAGAACAGGGUUAGAAAAGCACACCUGGUUUUGUACAAAGAAAGUAGAACUCUGCAUGUUUUAGCUGUACCCGAAUCAGUUUCCCUCAUCUUCCCUCGGCAUAUGUUUAUGUUGCAGAACGAAGCUUAACAUUGUCUCAUUGUUGCACAAAAUCUGAAUUCAUUUUAGUAAGACUAUGACAGAUUCCGCAUCUCAGAGAGAAGUGGACAUGUUUUUUUCAAUCUGUCUACACCAUUAUAGGUCUGGAUAAAUAGUGUAUCAUGCGAUAAUGCAUGGGAGGAAUGGUACGUAUCUUACCCUGUCCCUCACAGUGGUGUUUCCUUUAUGCACUGACGUCAGUUGUAAUCUGUCACGUUUCUAGACUAUUUUCGUAAGAAGGUUUAGCCCACUCCCACGCUCCCCAUGCAUGGCUGGUUCUCCAAGAGUUAUCUAUCCAUGCCAGGUCAAAUUUUAUAAGACUUAACCCAGCAUUGGAGCCAGCACUCACCACUCACCAUCUAAUAGGAAUGUGUAUUCAAGUUUGACCCAGCUUUUCUCUCUGAAAGUCUUUUCCAGAUUUUGUGAGUUAAAGACACAAUCCUGUGCAUGCCAUGCAGAUCCAGUGACAAAUAAAGACCCCAAAGACACCCAGCAUCCAAUUUCUAUACGCUAACAUUAGCACGUCUUGCUUCAUAGUGUCGCCCCGCCCCCCCUCAGAGAGUCCUAUUUUGACCUUGUGGUAAUCUCUGACCCCUGAGCCCGAUGUGAUGAAGUGUGACAUCCCCUCCCUCUAUAGUUCCAAACACACCAUAUUUUCUGUGCUCCAUAGAGAUGUUUGAGGUUUUUGUAAUACUCCGAGAGAAAUGAACUAACUCUUUUAUCAGUCUUUUCCUGUAUGUACGGAGGGGCACUGUAAGGUUUUGUGGGGUUUUUAACAUUCACAUUCAUUGUUUUAACAAUGUCCCAUUUUAUAUGAACCAGUAUUGUUUUGUGUUUUUUUUUUUUUUUUUUUUUUUUAGUUCUGACAUUGUAACAACCCUUUCAGGUGCUACAAAAUGACCAGUUACUGCUUUGUCACGUAGGAUCUAGACAUCUCUUCAUUGUUAUCAAUAGAUUCAAUACCAGAUGUGCAAAAUGAAGCUUAUUUUAACAAACAGUUUAAUAGUAGAACACUUCCCCUACCAGACAAUAGAGCAUGUAACUUGAUUUUAUCAGUUCCGUUCAACUGUAACAAUACAUUAAAGGUGUUGUAGAAAAAAUGUGGAAUUGAUAAGAAAAAAACCCCCAAAUUCCACAGUUAAUUUAUUCUUUUUUCUAUUAAAAAUUUGUAUAGUAACUUUACAUUUUUCAAAACUGUGUUGUUGGAAAUUGAUGAUGAAUUUUCAAGAUGAGAAGCCGUGGUGGUUCUUGAGAGUAAGAAAAAUAAAUUAUUGAUGAAUGUUCUCAA